AUGUCUGAAGAAAAAGUCAGUCGGCCGACUGCAGAGAUUCGGGCCGCUAAUCGGCUUCAUAUGGUGCCUGAGGAGCGGUUAAUUUUAGGGGUGCUCAUGGCAGGUGGCUAUGGACUGAUGCAUGGGUUAAUUAGAGGAGCCAAGCGGUCUAGUUUGGCGUAUCUGGCCGAGAACGCUCACCGGUUACCGAGAACGCGGGGGACAUGGUAUUUCUUCCACAAACGAAAAAAUUAUGUGGUCAUGAAGCAAGGAAUGAAUCUGGGCGCCAAGGUUGGUUUCAAGUUCGCCUCGGUGACUGGACUUUUCCUUUAUUCAGAAGCAUACAUUGACGAGCUUCGAGGGAAAAUUGAUUUAUUAGGCACCGUAGGUGCUUCCACAAUUACUGGUCUUGCAGUAGUAGCAGUAAACAGGCUCCCUCUCCGGCAGGCCGCCAGAUCAAUCCUUGGGUUCAUGCUGUUCGGAGGAGUGGUUGGCGGCAUACAGGAUCUGAUCCGAGCAGGACGGAAUUUCAAGGACGCAGAACCCCCAUCAGAAAACUAA